AUGCACAGAAACUCCCGAAAGUGGAUUUUCUACGUGUUUCUCUGCUUCGGAGUCCUCUAUGUCAAAUUAGGAGCGUUGUCAUCGGUGGUGGCUUUGGGAGCAAAUAUAAUCUGCAACAAGAUCCCAGGCUUGGCCCCACGGCAACGAGCAAUUUGCCAGAGCCGCCCUGAUGCCAUCAUAGUUAUUGGAGAAGGGGCCCAGAUGGGAAUCAACGAAUGUCAGUACCAGUUCCGAUAUGGCAGGUGGAACUGCUCAGCCCUGGGGGAGAAGACCGUCUUCGGUCAAGAGCUUCGAGUAGGAAGCAGAGAAGCUGCCUUCACCUACGCCAUCACUGCCGCUGGGGUGGCCCACGCAAUCACGGCUGCCUGCAGCCAGGGCAACCUCAGUAGUUGUGGCUGUGACAGAGAGAAACAAGGUUAUUACAACCAGGAGGAAGGGUGGAAGUGGGGAGGCUGUUCUGCCGACAUCAGAUACGGCAUUGACUUCUCCAGAAGGUUCGUCGACGCCAGAGAAAUCAGAAAGAGCGCGCGGAGGCUGAUGAACCUGCACAACAAUGAGGCUGGAAGAAAG